AUGAUUGAGGAUCGCCAGGUUAAGCGUAUUCUUAUUGAUUCGGGUAGCUUAGAAAAUACCAUUAGGUGGAAAGUGGUGGAUCAAUUAUCAAUGUCGAACAGACUAACACCGUCAUGUCGAGUACUUAAUGGGUUCAACAUGGCGUGCGAGAUAGUGAAAGGAGAAAUUAUAUUGCUAAUCAACAUCAGAGGAAUGCUCAAUCACACCAGGUCCUAUGUCAAUGGUGGUGAUAUCAGCUAUAACGCUAUAUUUUUAAGACCAUGGAUACAUGAUAUGAAGGUAGUACCUUCUACUUUACAUUUAUUGCUUAAAUUCUCAACACUUGAUGGAAUCAAGCUCAUCCGGGGUGAACAGUCUGCAGCAAGAGAAAUGUUUUCUAUAGAAUCACAUGAGAAAGAAGAACCAAAUCACAAGAAUAUGGGAACAUCCUCGGCAGAAAAGGGAGAUGAUGAAAAUGGGGGAAAAUAA